UCUUCUUGUUCUUAUUUUCAUCUUUGUCUUUCUCUCAUGCAUGCUUGUCUUCAAACACAACCAUGUCCAACAUUCCAACCUCUCUUUGUGACUCUUCUCUAACUCUUUUUCACCUCACCAUCUCUAGCUCUGAUCCUUGGCCUUUCUCUCUUCUCUAAUUAAUCUCAUAUAUAUAUAUAUAUAUAUAUAUAUAUAUCUUAAUUUGUCUCCUCUUCUACUUCUUCUCUAAAACUCAAUAAUAUAUAUAUAUAUAAAGAGUAUAUAUAUAUUAUAUGGGUCAUCACUUUCAUCUGCACAAAGGACACAUGACCGGAAAAAGGACGCCGGCGCCGGCGAAGGGAUGGAUGGGAAUAAGAGUGGGAGGAGAAGGAGAGGAGCAGAAGAAGUUUGCUGUGCCGGUGGAGUACUUGAACCAUCCUUUGUUUGUAGGGUUGUUGAAAGAAGCUGAAGAAGAGUAUGGGUUUCAGUAUCAUGAAGGAGUUAUCACUAUUCCUUGCCACCUUGAGUAUUUUCAUAAGGUUAGGUCUGUUAUUGACCGUGAUUGCUCCGCCGCCGCCGCCGGUGGUGGUGGUGGUGGUGGUCAUCAUCACCACCACUUGCAUGGCCAUGGCCACCACCUUGUUGGAUGCUUCAGAGCUUAAUUAAAGAGUUUGUUGAGGUUGAUGAUGA